AUGCCCGCUCUACCCUCAAUCCUCUCCAAAGCAGUGCCCCCGGGAUGGGAUGAGGCGCGCCCACAUCAGCCGUCGAUUGGGGAUGAGAUCGCCUUCUUCUUCGCCUUCUUUCUGCGCGCAGCGGUCUUCUUCGCCUUCGCUCUCGCCUUCUUCGCCGCCCUGCGACAGGUGCUCCGGUUUGUGAGCUGGUUGACUGGCGCAGACUGCGAGCCUGAAAACGUACAUUACCAUGAAGAUCAUUGGGGACGAAUGCGAGCGUGCACGGCGCAACACUACGCUCCGCCUCCUCCGCCGAAUUCGACAUCCCACAACGGAUACUACGCCCCCCAGCGACCGCAGUACGCAACAUCGCCUGGCCUGCCCCCGAGGUCCAGUCCCAGCGCCAGCUCGCCGCCCCCGCCGCCGCCGUACCAAGCCCGCGACCCACGAGUCGAGUACAACAGGUAUCACGCAUUGGACCCAGCGCCAGUGCAAGACUAUGGUGCAACACGAUCAAAGUAG